GGCGCUUACAAGCGCUCGAGGCGCUACGAAAGUGCACAGGCAUAUGAACAAAUGCUUUGAGCUUAUGAUGAAGCAGCGUACUUACAAGCUAGCGAAGAACGCAACGCUGCACAGCUGCUCUUGGAGCUCUCCUAGAACUCACUUCUCCGCUCCCAUCAAUCCGAGGUCGCAAAGGAGCGUCGCAGAUCGCUAUGUAUGAAGAGUAAGUGCUACGGUCGCAGCUGCUAUCGUAAGUUGUGUAUGUGUCCUCAUCCUGUCAACCUUUCCACACCAACAUCAAGAUACUCUCUUUGCCCAAAUGCCACCCAAUGGCGCGCACGCCAAUGGCUCCCCUGCUGUCAAGACGGUAGGCUACAUCGGCCUAGGGAACGCAGGCUUCUCUAUGGCCUCCAACCUCCCCAAAGCAGGCUACAGCCUUGUCGUUCACGACAUGGAUACGGAAAAGGCGAGGAAGGCGGCCUCAGAAUGGCACAACACCACGGCUGCCGAGGGGAGACCCGAAGCCUUUGUGGAAUGCGAAGUUAUUGUCACCAUGCUGCCGCAAGGGAAGGUCGUUCGAGAGGUGUUGUUCGGCAAGGACGGUAUUGCUCGCGGACUGAAAUCUGGCACUAUCGUCGUCGACACGAGCUCCUCUUCUCCCUUCGAUACCAUUGCCCUAGGUAAAGAGCUGGCUCAACACUCCCUCCAGCUCGUCGACUCGCCCAUCACACAGACGUACAUGCACGCAACCGACGCCGGCGAGUCAACGCUCAUGGUUGGUGCUGACGACCCCGCGGCCUUUGCGAAGGUCAAGCCUAUCCUGCAGUGCAUGGCAGGCUACAUCUUCCCCAUGGGCAAGCUCGGUAAUGGGCACGCGAUGAAGACGUUGAACAACUACAUUAUGGCAUCGUCCAUCUGCGCGCUGAGCGACAGCCUCGUCACAGGACAAAAGUAUGGCCUGGACCCACAGCAGAUGAUUGAUGUGCUGAACGUUGGCACCGGUGUCUGUUUUCCAACGCUUGACACGUUUCGCCGUGACGGCGUGACACGAAGGUACGAUAGCGGGUUUGGUCUGGCGCUGUUGGUGAAAGAUUUGGGGAUCACCGAGGAGUUUAUGGAGUACAACGGCUUCGAGACAGAGUUGCCGCAUCUGACGAGGAGGUAUCUUAGAAACGCGUUGGCGGAGGUGGAGCAAGAUGCGGAUCAUGCGAAGUGUCUCGUAGGAUGGGAGAAGAGGGCGGGCGUGAAGAUCAAAAUGACCGAGAAGGUGCGUAAUAUCCCGCCAAAGGACUUCGAACAUCGGUUGGAGGGUUUGAACCGAUCUUAAGGUAUAGCGACCUCCGUGAAGUUUAGAAUCCUCUCCAGCGCCUUGCAGAAGCAAAGCGAUCCGAUAAAACAGGGGUGCAACGCACUGUUGUUAUCAAGCGUUCGCCGAUAUAGUCCGCCGUAGCAGAGACAACUAGUAGGCUUAGACUCGUAACAAACUAAGAGGGUCUAAGGCCUCAGCCUACACGCCC